UUUAUCAUUCGAUCAACUGAAAUUGGAACGUUUCCAUUUUUUCAGUUUUACCAAUUUAGAUCAUCAAAUUUUCUGUCAUGAUUAUUUAAUAUUGUUUUAUAAAAUGCUUCAUAAUAUGAUUGCCUUUCUCGCCAUCUUUAUCGCGGUUCUUUUGACCUUGGUAGAAAGUCAGAAUACAAACUUAGAACCAACAAAUAAACAUUUAACCCGUGUAAAAAAGAUGAUAGCUCCAGGUUAUUAUACACAGGAGUGUAAUUCACAAAAGAAAUGUGAAGAGGGAAAAUAUUGUCACAUGUUUUUGUGUGUUGAUUGUUUGAAAGAAAACGUGGCCUGUACUCAAAAUGGCCAAUGUUGUGUCGAUCAAGGAUUAUUCUGCGUCUAUGGACGCUGUAAAUCAGGCUCUAAAAAGGGUGCUGCAGGUACGUUCUGUGAUCGUCAAAGUGAUUGCGAAGAAGACGACACUUGCUGUGUACGUGAGCCUGCAGUCAACCCAGCAAUAUCUAUCUGUAAACCUGCACUUGAUGAGCAUCAAACAUGUGGUCCAUACAAUCAAUAUAGGGCUGUGUAUAUUGGAGGGACAGUACAGGCAGCAUGUGGACCAUGUAAAUCUGAUUUGACUUGCAAGCAAGUUGGAAUAUUUGGGGUUCAUCAGAUUUGCUUGCCAGCCAAACCUCCUGCAAAGAUCUGAAAAAAUUGCUGCUUUAUUGCAUCGAUUUGAAUCCUAAUCGAAAACCAAUAUCUCCCAUUUGUGAGAUGAGUUUUUUAUGAUAAAAGUUAUUCAUUGGGAUCGUCCAUGAUAUUCGCUCAUAAAUAACCAUAAGACGUGUAAAUUGUGUUCCAUCUCGUUGUAUUAUUAUAAAUAAAAACAUAAUGAAACAUUCA